UUUCCCCAUCCAUCCAGCUGUUUGGAUCCCUCAGCAUCCACAACUUUUGGCUAAACAACUUUUGGUCAGGAUCAAAGAACCCUCAGAAGUGAAACAUGCAUAGUAAAGAUCAGAUUUGUUAUGAAGACUACCAGCAGACAGCCGACUGGCUGCUCUCCCAGACGCAGCACCGGCCUAAAGUGGCCAUCAUCUGCGGCUCAGGGCUGGGCUUGCUGGCAGACGCCCUCAAGUGCCAGGACUCUUUCAAGUAUGCAGACAUCCCAGGUUUUCCACAGAGUACAGUGCAGGGACAUGCUGGCAGACUGGUGUUUGGGGAGCUCAAAGGGAAGACGUGUGUGUGUAUGCAGGGCCGAUUCCACAUGUAUGAAGGACACUCGCUGUGCAAGGUGACCUUUCCUAUCAGGGUGUUCAAGCUCCUGGGCGUGGAGACUGUGAUUGUCACGAAUGCGGCUGGCUCGCUGAAUGACACCUACCACUGUGGCGACAUCAUGGUCAUCAAGGACCACAUCAAUUUCCCGGGUUUGGCUGGGCUGAACCCUCUAAAUGGACCCAACGAGGAGAAAUUCGGCCCUCGGUUCCCUGCCAUGUCAGGGAUUUAUGACAAGCACCUGCGGCGCCUGGCCUUCGACAUCUGCAAGAGCAUGGGCUACGCGCAGUUUGUGCAGGAGGGCGUCUAUUGCAUGGUGGGAGGGCCAAACUUCGAGAGCAUCGCAGAGGCUCGCCUUUUGCACAAGCUUGGCGUGGAUGCUGUUGGCAUGAGCACAGCCCCGGAGGUUCUGGUGGCUGGACACUGCGGCAUGAGGGUUUUUGGACUGUCCCUCAUCACCAACAAGGUGGUGAAGUGCUAUGACGAUACGGAGGCCGUCAACCACGAGAGUGUCCUGGAGGUCGGUAAGAUGCGCUCAGAGACCCUACAGACUCUGGUCACAGAGUUGGUGGGUCGCAUGGACAUCAACAACAACACUGCGUAAUGCCAGCAUCCUCAUCAUCAUCAUUAUCAUCAUCAUCACCAUCAACAACAACAAUACUGCAUGAUGCCAGCAUCAUCAUCAUCAACAUCAACAACAACAACAACAUCAACAAGAAAACAGACAAAGGUGACAGAACACUGCCUGGCCUGUUAACAGUUCAUGCCACAAUAUUUGCAGCUAUUCAAUAUUGUCACAGAUUGUUAUGUGGUGCAAACAACAAGUGCAUUGUUGACUGUAUAAAUGUAAUUGUAGAAGUCAAUUUCAAUAACACAACCUGUGUCUUGUAUUAUUGUGCUGUCAUAAGAUUGAAUGGUAAGGUUUUCUAGUGAUUGAAAUAAUUACAAAUCCUUUUUACAUGGUACAUGGUCCUCCUCAGAAAAUGUGAAAGUAAGCAACAGUGGAAAAUAAUAAGGUGCACAUUUUUUUAAAGAAAAAUCUUGUUUAUAUAAUAUGUAGGCCUACUCAAGUUUACAACAGAAAAUUAUACUAGCCUAUAUAACUUAUAACAGUUUCAGAUUAUCCUGUAUUUGUUAAUACAUUCAUGGCACUUAAAUCUGAAGAUUAAUAUAAACUGUAUGGUCUGUGCUUGUAUAUAAGAUUGGAUUUAAUGGUGCUUUAUGCAACAUUUUUGGUGCAAUCUGAUUUUUACCUGUAAGUAAAUGUACAUUAUUAUUCAUGCAAUUAUUCUCAGAGCUUAUUUUGUAUGAAAUAA